UUCGUACUGUAGUAAAGUAAAACUUAAACCUUUCGUUGCCAGUACUCCUAUUUUAAUUCAUUCAGACUCGCAAAAUCGUAAUAACACGAUUGCAAACUAGUUACAGAACAGGUGGGACUCGAACCCAUGGCAAGGUAGUCUUAAAACUCGCAGGCCCACUAGUGUAUUUACCACUGAAUGAAUCUUAACCACUAGUUUAUGCUUUCCUAGCACGUUGUGCUGAGCCUGAUACGUGCCAUGGGUUCGAUCCCCACCCGUUGUGUUAUCAGUACUUAUUCGUAUAACUUUGUUAAAUAAGUUGAAGAAUACCAGACAUUACUGCGCAAGUUCCCUUUAGUCUAGAUCCGGUUUCUUCUGAUUCUCCUUAAUGCGUCUUGGUCCAGGAAGUGGCGAAAGAUGGAGGCAGUGACUGUACUACCUAAAUCCCUCUGUUGAGUUUCCUUGAUGUUGGCGAGAAGCUCUUGAGCCAAGGAAUAAGACUCUUGUUUUCCCCUUACGUGAUUGCCUCCCAUUCCCAGGGUGUUGUAUGAGCCUUAGGAGUUAGCGCUUCCCUAAAGUUGUAAUGUACCACCUGAAAUAAAAUGCAAUUGAUGUUUAUUUGAGGAUAGUGGCAGAGGGUGAUGUUGGAUCUUAAGUACAUCAAACUAGCAUUAACCGCCAAAGUUAAUCACCCUCCUGGUGGAGAGACCCAGUUGAACAAUGAAGUUGGACCAGAAAACUUAACAGUUAGGGUGCUGAAACCUCCUGGUGGUGGGUCAUCUAUCUCCUUUGGAGAAGACGAGGACGCUAGGCCCAGGCCGAAGACUCUUCCCCAGCAGCAAGCUCCACAGGAAAACUCCCCUAAAGCAGACACAAAUGGUACGGCCUCCCCUCAGUGUGAGAAUGAUGCUGCUGCCACAAAGGAAAAUAAUCCAUUGGCUGCUACCAAUGGGUCUGCUACUAAUGGCUCACCCUCUGUUGGUUCCAACAGUGGUAGGUCCUCUAAUUGUGCAACUACUCCAACUUCUGCAAAAAAAUUAGAUACACAGAGCCGCCUCUUCGGAGAUGAUCCAGGCAACGAUACCACCCCUAGUCGCAAAGUGAGGGAUCACCAACGAAGCAACAUCUUCUCAGACGAGCCAGUGACAAAGCCUAGUGGAAGUGCCAAUGGGCCCCGGGCAGUAGCUUGUAACAAGAUUGGCCUCCUUGCUCUACAAUGCAUGCCAUCAGUGUUUUGUCGGACGUGGACGCGUCGGGAUCCAGUUACUGGGGUGGGUGUCCUGUGCUGGGACAUCCACGCUCCUCGCUGUGCUCCCAACAAGAGGAAAGGUAACAGAAGUGACAAAGCUAUUAAUCCUGCAGCACGUGACAGCCAGGAGACAAAGACUCCUGAGCAGCCCCAGCAGAAGCAGAGGCAACGUGUUCCCCCAGGUGGCUUCUCCACUCAGCUGUGGUAAACCUAGGGCCUGCCACACCACUUACCCUUGCCCAAGACUUCAUGUGCAGGCAUUCUCUUUGGAACAUUAACAAAAGCUAUUUGAUAUGACCAACAUGCCUACUGGAAAUGUAGCUUGUAACAUGUGGUGAUGUUUGCUUGUAUAACAUUAAAAGCUUUGUUGAAAUAUGAUGGCUGACAUGUAACUAGAGGUUUACUUAGAAAUACUCUGAAUUAUUUUGCUGUCAUAAAAUUUAGAUUAGAUUAAUUUUGAUGUACAGUAAUAUAAAUUAUAAAAGCACAUAUAGUUUUAGUUUUACUAUACUUCUGCUGAAAUGCAUAAAUAGUGCAGAGUAUCUAUUCUUUACCAAACAAAGCAAGGCUCUUCUGGUUACUUUUUCCUUUACUUCAGGAUUUAGUGAGCUGCAUUAAGCCAUGCAAUGGUAUGGUAUGGCAUGCCAUAUCUGGCUUUCAUUUGUUACACAAAUGACAAGAUUAUAAAAAUUGCCAUACUUAUUUGUUGCUCAAUCAUUUCUAAUACCAUUAGAGGUUGGAAUAACUAAGUUUUGUAGGGCCAUUCAUUAAAGCCAUUCCAUGUACUUUUAAGAAUAGUUGCUCCAGCAUUGGGGUAUAAAAAAUGUACCUAAUGGAGUGUUAAGUGUACCUAAUGUUCCAUCCGUUAAAUAUAAAUCGCCUUUUUGUAAGGUAGCUUUUAUUUCCUAAUCUAAAAGUUUACCCAAUUUAAAAGUAUCACAAUUGUAAACAAUAAUAACCCUUUGUUUACACAUACCAUCUGUGAUAAUUUUGUUAUUGCUAGAAGGGUCGAAAUAUAAAUGUAGUAUCUCAGUUCCACUAACAUUUGGGAAUGCUCCUUUAUAGAACAGGCUCCGUUUGGCUGUAGCAUAAAUUGUUUGUAUUAAUUUUAAUAAAUCUAAUAUAAUCUU